CACUAGGAAGCUACAAGCUCGACUGCCGUGUUCCGCGUACACCACGCCUACGCACAAUCUGACGCGCUGUAGUGCUCAUUUGGACCUUCCAAGAGUCGCAGCGCAACUGGCCCGGUCCAAAAUGAUGCGUACUGCGCUUAGAAGAGGCUUGCUCAGCGGCGCUCCCAGGACGCUGACGCCGCGGCGAGCGCCGCUCGUCCGCGCCUACCGACCACCCUCAACAAGCUUCACGAGAGCACCACCGGCGCGAAGAAGCCUCUCGCUCGCGCUCCCCAAAGCGGCCGCGCCACCCGCGGCCGUCGCCGGCGACAGGGCCGUCGCGUACUGGUUGUUCGGCUGCGGCGGGCUCGUGGCGGGCAUGGUGUCCGUUGGUGGAUUAACGAGACUAACCAGAUCCGGCCUGAGCAUGACGGACUGGAAGCUGCAAGGAGGUUUGCCACCUAUGAACAGGGCUGACUGGGAGAGGGAAUUUGCCCGCUACAAGCUCUACCCGGAGUGGCAACAAAGACAAUCAAUGACUCUUGAGGAAUUCAAGUACAUUUAUGCGUGGGAGUACGGUCAUCGCAUGCUCGGGAGGGUUGUGGGACUGGCUUUUGGCUUGCCCUUGGCCUACUUUUGGUCAAGAGGUCGGUUGACGCCGUGGCUGAAACCUCGCGCGAUGGCGUUAUUAGGAUUGGGCGGCGCCCAAGGUUUAAUCGGCUGGUGGAUGGUGAGGUCGGGACUUAACAAAGAUCUCCUCCCAGAGCGCCAAAAACAAGACGUCAGGGUGUCGCCGUACAGACUGGCGACGCACCUGACCAUGGCCUUCAUUACUUAUUCGGGAUUGGUCUGGUGCGGUUUGGAGCAGCUGGGAGGUCAAAGAGCGGUUUCAGAAGGUGUAAAACAUGCGGCCAAACUCACACCAAUCGCGCGAGGCGCCGCCUGUUUGACCUUGGUCACAGCAAUCUCCGGAGCCUUCGUCGCCGGCAACGACGCGGGCAUGGCGUUUAAUGUGUGGCCGUACAUGGUCGACGAUCGGGACGUCGGUGGAGAGGCGACCUUCGUGCCGCCCGACUUGUUGGAAUUGCAACCGCUGUGGCGCAACAUGUUCGAGAACACGGCUUGCGUCCAGUUCGACCAUAGGAUGUUGGCUUAUGGUACCGCGCUGAGCGGCACGGGCCUCUUCGCUCUGGCUCGGUCCGGGGCUUGGCAUGCUCUACCAAUUGUCACGCGGCGCUUCGUCGCGGCGGGGGCUUUGGCUGUGGUCGGCCAGGCUUCGUUGGGUGUCGCUACCUUGCUGUAUGUGGUCCCGAUCGAGCUCGCCGCGGCGCACCAGCUUGGUGCUAUUGGUUUACUGACCUGCGCGCUCGGCUCGGCGCAUAGUCUCGCGCGGGCGGCGGCGGUUCCUGCUGUCGUCGUGGCGGCGGCUUUGUAA